AUGGCAACUCCGAAGCUAUUUGUUAUUUGCUUCGCGCUUGUCUUUGUUCUUCGGGCCGGGGCCGCAGACCUGUCGACCGAUUUUUAUGAUACGUCGUGCCCGAAUGUUGAGGCUAUCGUGAAACAAACGACCGCGUUAUUCGUUUCUCCCAAUCCAUCACUUGCUCCGGCUUUGCUUCGGAUGCAUUUCCAUGAUUGUUUCGUUAGGGGUUGUGAUGGAUCCGUACUACUAAACUCCACGGCUAACAACACGGCCGAGAAGGACUCGAUUCCGAACCGCAGCCUUAGAGGGUUUCAAGUCAUUGAUGCCGUGAAGUCUGAAGUCGAAAAGUAUUGCCCCAGAAAAGUUUCAUGUGCCGAUAUCCUGGCAUUAGUGGCUCGCGAUGCAGUUUCACAGAUACACGGGCCAUCUUGGGAAGUUCCCUUAGGCCGACGAGAUGGAAAUGUGUCGAUUGCGAAUGAGGCGCUAGCGAAUCUGCCGGCUCCUUUCUUCAACAUCACCCAGCUCAUUGCCAGUUUCACGGGCAAGGGUUUAAGCGUCAAGGACCUCGUUGUCCUCUCAGGUGGGCACACGAUCGGUGUUUCUCACUGCUCGAGCUUCACGAACCGUCUGUACAACUUCACGGGCAACAACGACGCGGACCCGAGCAUGGAUCCCGCAUACGUGGCUGCCCUCAAGAGGCGAUGCUCCCCUACAGACACGACCACCGUAGUCCCGAUGGACCCCGGCAGCUCCAUCGACUUCGACACGGACUACUUCUCGACAGUGGGGAGAAUGAGGGGGCUGUUCACAUCAGACGCAGAGCUUCUGAAGAACGACGAGACGAGGGCGUACUUGCAGCAGCACUCGACGUGGUUCGAUAACCCGAGUUUUUUCGCCGAUUUUGCCGAGUCAAUGGUGAAGAUGGGGAAGAUUGGGGUGCUUACGGGGACGGACGGCCAGAUCAGAAGGGUCUGCUCUGCCGUUAAUUAA